GACGAAAUGCGAUGUUGUGAACGACUGGUGUCAGCAACGAUCCAUUUGGCAUUGAGAGGAGAAACCGAACCUUUCUUUGUGGCGUGUUUAAAGCCCUCGUCCGACAAUGGGGGCGUACAAGUACAUCCAGGAAUUGUACAGAAAGAAGCAAUCCGAUGCUUUGAGGUAUCUUCUCCGUAUUCGGGUAUGGCAGUUCAGGCAGAUGACCAAGAUGCACCGGGUCCCGAGGUCUUCCAGGCCGGACAAAGCGAGACGAAUGGGAUACAGGAAUAAGCAAGGUUAUGCUAUCUUCCGAAUCAGGAUCCGUAGAGGUGGUAGGAAGAGGCCAGUUCCUAAGGGUGCCACUUAUGGCAAGCCAAAAAGUCAUGGUGUCAACCAGCUGAAGCCUACCAGAAAUCUCCAAGCCAUGGCCGAGGAGCGUGUUGGAAGAAAGUGUGGUGGACUUAGAGUACUUAACUCAUAUUGGGUUGCCCAAGAUUCCACCUACAAGUACUACGAAGUGAUCACCGUAGAUCCAGCGCACAAGGCUGUAAGGCGUGAUCCCAAGGCGAACUGGAUCUGCGAUGCGGUUCAGAAGCAUAGGGAAAUGCGAGGUAAGACAUCAGCUGGCAGGAAAUCAAGAGGCCUCGGAAAGGGGCACAGGUACUCCCAGACAAUCGGAGGUUCCAGAAGAGCUGCCUGGAUCAGAAGGAACACCCUUUCGCUCAGAAGGAAACGAUAGGGUGUAUCAAGAAUUAUAUAUUUUUGUUUAUAUUCUUUGUACUACUCAAUAAAGAAAUUUAUCGGGUAGUGUUUUAUA